GAAGUUCGAAAUUGCACAUAAACGAACUUCACAAUUCAAAUAGCCAAUGGAUCUAUUUUUUUCCUUGUAAAGCAAUAUUUAUGCAUAAAAUUUUCAUAAAAUUGACAAGUAUUUAUUAUUUAUCGGAAGAAAUGGCAGCACCGGAAAUGCCAUGCACUUAUGAGUUCUCCAAAGGCAAUGGCACCGGUGUGGCAGAAGCGCUUGGAAACUGGGGUUUCUCUAACAGAACUUGUAGCGCCGGCCAAGAGUUACAACGUUUAAAGUGUCUCUUUGCAAAAAUGGAUUCUUUACGCAGUGACAAACCGGUGAUGUGUGUUAAAUACGAUCCCAGAUACGAUCCUGAAGCAUGGCAUGUUAAGCCUAGUCCCAAUGAAUGUAAACCAGCAUGGACAUUUCCUAUAAACAGGCCUCUAAUUACUCACUGUUCGACCGCCACAAUUGCGAAAGUUUCCAAUAUGCUUGAGAUCGGAUCGGACUUAAUGUUAUUCAUUCCUGGCCGCAGCUAUGUUCAACAGGGUACGAGUAAAUGGUAUCGUCGAAGUUCAGACUGUUGUUAUCAACCUAGCUGUCUAGCUCCGCAAUGUCCUGUACGAUAUUCUUGUGAAGGCUAACCUUUAAAAUUUAUGUAGUUUGUAAUCGUGCUUAAUAGUGAUGAUAACAUCAAACUGAAUAUUUCUGUUUUUUUUUCUAAUAAUAAGAUGUAAUAUUUGUGCAAUAUACAUAUACAU